AUGGAUGUUGUUACAGUGGUAGUCCUUCUGACUUUGUUUGCAUUAGCAUCACAGUGCGACUCAAGCAAAGACACAGUUAGAAACAGAUUCAAGCAGAAUGCAGUAUACUGCAAACCGAAGUCACUCGUGAAAUACGUGUUGACAGUAAACACAUACUGGUCAAAGCAAACAUUUCCUAAAAUGUAUCCAAUGUACAGACCACAUGCUCAAUGGUCUCCACUUGUGGGUCGCUCCCAUGAUCUUGAACACCACAUGUGGGUUGUGGGAGAAAACGCUACCUUGGGAGUAAAACUGUUUGCUGAACAGGGUAUAUACCAUGCUCUCGAUACCGAGUUUGUGCAGGGCUACAACGGCGUUCUGGACAGUUUUGUGGCGCCAGCUAUAGACAGUGGUGUGGGUCAAACGUCGUGUGUGAUUGUUUUAGACGGCCAACAUUCAAAGCUGUCCUUUAUGAUGAAGAUUAUUCCAAGUCCCGACUGGUUUAUCGGAGUCAGCAAUCUAGAUCUGUGCGCCCGUGGUCGCUGGAAGACCAGUCUACGCAUGGAUCUCCAUCCCUAUGAUGCUGGUACUGACCAAGGCUUGACGUUCUCCUCCCCCAACUGGCCAAGUGUCCCGGCUGAACCUAUUUCGAAAGUUACCUCAUCAUUCCCGAAUCACGCCGCCAGCUCUUUCUUGUAUCCAGAUUAUAAGGCUCUUCCUCGACUUGCAGCUGUGAGCCUCGACUUAGUUACAGAGUACAGACAACGCAAAACGUUUGCAAAAGUGCACAAGAACACUACUACAAUGGCCAGUAAAAACAGUGGUAUGCAUAAAUACCCGAAAAUCAGAGACGAUGAAACAUUCCUCUCAAGUAAUACGACAGAUAAAAGAAUCGGGAAACAUAGGUACCCUGGUAGUGAAGCAAAGUCUGAUAAAUCGAGAAGCAGUAAACUUGAUAGUUCCAAAACAAUCAAAGACAUUUUUGCCGACGAUGAAAAAACACAUGUUGGACGUGAAUCGACUGUUACAGAGAAUUCAUCUGUUGACUGUCAUGUUGGCCAAUGGGCUGAAUGGAAUCCGUGCAGCCGGUCCUGUGGCUUGGGGCAACGUGAGAGAUCGCGGAACAUUUCUAUCUACCCCAGGAAUAGAGGGGCAAACUGCCCGCUUUUGAGGGAACAAGAUGUGUGUGGUAGCAUGCGUAACUGUCAAAUUGCUCGUUUCACUUUCCUGGAAGACAAGAAAGCUAAGAAACGAAUGAGGCCAGAGAAGUCAAAUCUGGGACGAGAUCAGACCUAA